AUGUCCGAACAAGCUCGAGUGGAAGCCCUCAAAGCUUUCAAGCAGAUCCUUCCAUCCAGUGUGUCGCCUGGAGAAGCAACGGAAGCCUACAAUGGGGUUGAUAACAUCGCAUACAACAUUUCGAGAUUGCCCUUGGGUGCUCCUCGAGCAUUGAAAGUGAUAUGCAUUGGUGCAGGCUUCAGUGGCCUGGCGUUUGCGCGAGAGGUCGAACGAGGCCAUCUGCCCAACGUGAGUCUUACGGUGUACGAAAAGAAUGCUUCGGUUGGAGGGACCUGGUAUGAGAAUCGCUAUCCAGGAUGCGCCUGUGACAUUCCUGUUCAUAACUACCAGUACUCUUGGGCACCGUGCCCUUAUUUCAAGAGCUAUUAUGCCACUGGGAAAGACAUCCAUACGUACAUCGAGGCAGUCGCCGACCAGCACAGACUUCGUCAGUACGUCAAGGUCUCCCACAAAGUCAUCGGGGCCAAGUGGAUUGAAGAACGUCAGAAGUGGCAAGUGAAUUGUGUCGCCACUGAUGGCAGAGAGCUGAUGGUCAGCAAUCGAGUCAACCAGGAUGGGGAGGCCGGAGAGCCGUUUAUUGAAGAAUGCGAUGUCUUGAUUAACGCUGGAGGCUGCUUCAAUGACUGGAAAUGGCCAACUAUACCCCGAAGGGAGACGUUCAAGGGGCAGAUGCUCCAUUCUGCAGCUUGGCCCCAGGACGCCACUCUUAAAGGCAAGACUGUGGCAUUGAUUGGCAACGGUAGUACGGGCGUUCAAAUCCUGCCAAACAUCCUCGAUGACGUGGAAAGGGUCUAUGUCUACAUUCGCAGUAAGACGUGGGUAACGCCCAGCUUUGCUCAGAAGUUUGCUGGGCCAAAUGGAGCGAAUGUCUACUUUACAGAUGAACAAAAGGAGCACUGGGCCCGAAAUCCCGAUGAAUAUCUUCAGUAUCGAAAGAAUGUCGAGCAGGAGCUGAAUUCCCGUUUCCGCCUCUACCUGAAGCAUUCUGACGCACAAAAGGAAGCUCUCCAAUACUCCAUUUCUCAAAUGACUGAGAAGCUCUCAGCCAAGCCACAGAUUGCCGAGAGGUUGAUUCCUGAAUUCGCCGUUGGCUGUCGGCGCACAACACCCGGAAACGGCUACCUGGAAGCUCUCUGUUCCCCCAAGGUCGAGAUUAUCUGGGGGGGUAUCGAGUCCUUCACCGAAUCUGGUCUUCUAGCAGCGAACGGCGAGCAACGAGACGUGGAUACCAUCAUCUGUGCCACCGGCUUCAACAUGUCCUUCUCUCCUCGCUUCCCGGUCAUAGGUCGCAACAACAUCAACCUCCAGGAGAAAUGGGACGACAACCCAGAGUGCUAUCUUUCGGUCUCUGCCGCUGAUAUGCCCAACUACUUCAUGUACCUUGGGCCAGGCAGUCCCCUUGGACAUGGCAGUGUCGUUAGCUCCCUCGAGCGCGUAACAGAGUAUAUCGCAAAGUUCGUCCGCAAGCUUCAGACCGAGAACUAUAGCUCUGUCGUGCCCAAGCCACAUAUCCCUCGUGCAUAUCAGCGACACGCCUUGGCCUGGUUAGACAAGACUGCCUGGAACAGCAAUUGCGCAUCCACGUACAAGAAUGGCAGGCCCGACGGUCCUUUGAUCUCCCUUCAUCCGGGGUCGAGAUUGCACUAUUUCCGGCUUUUGAGUGGUCCUCGCUGGGAGGACUUUGACUGGAGUAGUCUGUGUCACGACGAAGAUCUUACCUUUGCCUGGCUAGGCAAUGGGUUUAGCGUAGAGGAGUGUAAGGAAAAUAGCGAAGAGGAUCUGACGUGGUUUCUUCCUCGCGUUGAGGCCGACGAAAUAAUCAAAGCAACGUUCUAA